AUGGGUUCCACCGAACUCCCUUACAUGAAGACCAAUCCCAAAAUCAUCUUCUUCACUGAUUUUGAUGGGACCAUUACAUUGGCAGAUAGCAAUGAUUUUCUGACCGACAAUCUCGGAUACGGACGAGAAAAACGUCGCCAAGGGAAUUACGAUGUGCUCCACGGGAGAGCUAGCUUCCGUGAUGCGUUCCGCGAUAUGUUGGACAGCGUCAAGACGCCUUUCAACAAGUGCAUCGAGAUCCUUCAGGAGAACAUGAAACUUGACCCCCACUUUGUCGAGUUCUACUACUGGGCCGAGGAGAACAACGUUCCAAUUGUGGUCUUAUCGUCGGGGAUGAAGCCCAUCAUUAGUGCCUUGUUCGAGUCAUUGCUGGGACACAAGCCUCGAAGCCAUUUGCACAUUGUUUCUAACGACGUGGAGAGCCGCGACGGCAAGGACAUCAACACCGCAGGCGGUUGGAAAAUCAAGUACCACGAUGACAGUCAUUUCGGACAUGACAAAUCCUUGGAGAUUAAGCCGUAUGCUGCAUUGCCGGUCGACAAGCGUCCUACUCUGCUCUAUGCUGGAGAUGGCGUCUCCGAUCUGUCUGCUGCUGCAGAGACUGACCUUCUUUUUGCCAAAAAGGGGCAUGAUCUGGUGACCUACUGCGAGCGGGAAGGAAUGCCAUUCACCACGUUCGAAAGUUGGGAGACGAUCCUGGCCACUACAAAAGACAUUCUCAGCGGCAAGGUAUCAUUGAAGAAAGUGGCUGAAGAAGGAUUGAAGAAGGUUCGGACGGGCGUGCAGCUCGCUAUCAUCGCCUCAAUUGCAUUACUUCUUGUGGUGAUUCUAGACAAUAAAUUCCGUGUGCUACCGGCGUCCAUCCAUGGCCACCUUCCCACUCAUUAUGCUGGCUACGUCGUUACCGAUGUGACCGUGGUCACUUGCUCGUCUCUCAACCUUUUUUCCAGUUGCAAGGUCAACCCGAAGGCAUGGUCUAGAGUUGAAAAGGACCUCUAUCUGCGCUUGGGGUGGACGUCCAGUGCUUACCUACAAUUCCAACGGAAGAAGGAAGAGGAACUGCUCGCAUCUGACAAGGUGGUGAUCGACUUGAAGAUAAGCCGACUGACGCCGCAGUCCUCGAAUGACCCACAUGGAGGGCUUAUUGACUGGGAGCAGAGGCCAGGUGGCAUCUGGCUGAAGCGGACGGCCAAGCGUCAUGCGAGCGACUCGCAGAAAGUGAUCACCUCGAUCGAUGUCUUGUUCGGUGCGGACGCGGUUGAUCCGCGUGUGGGUUGGGAGGUGAAAGAUACUCCGCUGCUCCUGGAUAGCAAGACGGAGGAGUUGGAGGCCCGCAUCAGUAUUCGAAGGGGAGACCCGCCAAAGACCAAGAAGCGCAUUCCACGCAUUAAUGAGAAUGGGAAAUUCAAGAUCAUGCAACUAGCAGACCUUCAUCUGAGCACUGGACUUGGAGUGUGUCGAGACCCAGUUCCGGUAGAGCCUGUGCCCGGUCACAAGUGUGAAGCGGAUCCUCGGACCUUGGAGUUUGUGGAAAGACUCCUCGACGAGGAGAAACCCGAUUUUGUUGUCCUGAGCGGUGACCAAGUCAACGGUGAAACUUCGAGAGAUGCUCAGAGUGCGCUCUUCAAGUCUGUCAAGUUACUUGUCGAUCGCAAGAUACCCUACGCCGCCAUAUUCGGCAAUCACGACGACGAAGGCAACCUUAGUCGAGAACAGCUUAUGACCAUACUUGAAGAUCUCCCUUACUCCUUGUCGACGGCCGGCCCUGAAGAUGUGGAUGGGGUGGGAAACUAUAUUGUCGAAGUCCUCGGUCGUGGAACGACCGCGCACUCGGCUUUGACUCUGUACCUGCUCGACUCUCAUUCCUACUCUCCAGACGAACGUCAGUUCCGAGGCUACGAUUGGAUCAAACCGAGCCAGAUUCGGUGGUUCAAAAACACGGCGCAAAGCCUCAAAACAAAACACCAUGAAUACAGUCACAUGCACAUGAACAUGGCUUUUAUUCAUAUUCCGCUUCCAGAAUACCGUGAUUCCUCGAAUUACUAUAGAGGAAAUUGGUCGGAGGCUCCCACCGCACCAGGGUUCAACUCUGGUUUCAAAGAUGCCCUAGAAGAGGAAGGAAUUUUGUUCGUGAGCUGCGGGCACGACCAUGUUAAUGAUUACUGCAUGCUUAACAAGGAUCGAGAUCAGAAGCCGUCUCUCUGGAUGUGCUACGGAGGCGGUGCUGGCUUUGGAGGCUACGGAGGUUAUGGUGGCUAUGUCCGUCGUGUUCGUUUCUAUGAUUUUGACAUGAACCCCGGGCGUGUUGUGACGUACAAGCGACUAGAAUACGGCGAAGUAGAGGCCAAGAUCGACGAGAUGAUGAUCAUCGACGGAGGUGCAGUGAAAGGACCUGAUGAACAUCAUUGA